AUGACAAAUUUCGACUUCAAAGCCGUUUCUGGCAACGGCCCAUCGCCUCCGAAAGUCGCUUUUCACACAUGCUCUGUAGUACAAUACAAGCUGUACAUUUUUGGCGGGUUAGAUGACAAGAAAUGUGUACAAAACGGACUAUUUUGCUUCGAUACUUCUUGCAAUGAGUGGACUGAACUGACUCGAGUUGAAAGUGAAGCUAGUUCAAAAGCAGGACGAUUUGGCGGUUUUCGGAUAUACGAAGCGCCAAAACUCAGUCACCACACAGCUAAUGUGAUAGACGAACGUCUUAUAAUAUUUCUUGGCGGUUGGACAGGCCAUAAAAGAAGUUCCGAUGUAUAUUAUUACGACACUACAGAGAAUACGUGGUUUCAAAUUCAGACCAGGGGAGAGAUCCCCGCAGGACUGAGCUCUCAUACAAGUACUCUAGUCUCGGAAAGUGAACUGCUUAUUAUCGGACGGGAGGGCGGGGUAAGGACGCAACGACGGUCCGGCGACGCAUUCCAUUUCAAUGUUAGAACCGGUGUAUACAAAGAAGCGCAAAUGCAUGUUUCGUCUCGGUCUGGGCACACUGCAAACCUUGUAAAAACCCACCUCGGGAAAAGCUAUGUAUUAUUUGUACAAGGUGGUCGAAAAGGUGACAAUCACCAGCUUAUUGGUCGCUGGAAUAAGAAGCCCGAACAAGGAACCGUACUUGGAAAUGAUAAAAUAGCAGAUCCACUUUCAAAGUGGGUAGCAUGCGAUAAGCCUACGGGAAGACAACACUGUGUGUCGGUUGAGCUGAACGAUAGGCACUUGUUAUUUUUCGGAGGCGAAACGUGGAGCGGGGUGCGGAAUAAUGUUACCAACGAGGUGUAUAUUUUAGAUUGUUGCAAGAUGAAGUGGCAUAGGCCUGGGGAGGUAAGGGGGGCGGUACCAUGCCUAACUGGACAUACCAUGGGUAUGGUGGGUGACAAAGUGUAUAUUUUUGGUGGGUUGUUAGAUGGUAAAUGUAGUAAUGGUAUUUGGAUGGUGAAUUUUUAAUGCCAGAAAAAAGUGUACCAUACUCAACUGGUCAUACCACAGUAUGGUAGGUGACAGUCUGGAUGGUGAAUUUCAAUGCCAGAUAGAGAGGUGGUAUACCAUAUUAUUUUUUGUAUGGUAACACUCACAGAAUGUUUGGUACAUUGUUAUGCUGAAAAUGUAA